UUGUUCUGCUGCUGCAUUUGCCGACUAACUCUACACUGAGAACCUCGCUCGCGGUUGCUGCUGCUUUCCAUCACCCAAGAAGAUUGGAUAUCACACACUCUUCCUUACUUACAGCAUUAGGUUGUUCCCGUCACACACCUUUUCUCCCACACCCGCAUACAUACCUACCUGAAGUACCUUAUCCAUACAUACUUAUCUUACACUUAUUCCCCUCCCCCUCCGCUUCUUGACUUAUCAAUCUACCGAAUCCACGGUUACGCCUCUUCUUCACCCUCUUUCCUCGCACGUCCUUCCAUCCCACUGGCUACACUCCUCUGGUCGAACUGCAUGCACUCUGCUUCGGCCUGUCUUCCUGUUCGCCCAUCAUCAUCACCAGUCUCUUGGCCCAGGACCAGCACCACCAGCACGGCCCAGAAACAUCGCGGCAUACCUUGUCCGUUUCCAGUUGGUCAAAUCACCACACGGACUGACUAGGACCGGUAUCAAAAGCUUGGAGACUCCUCCAUCUGAGGUCAUCUGGUCUUUGCCUUCCUCCUAACCUUUUAUUCUCAAAGUGUUGGAUCGUUGGCCUGGCUUUCUCUUUCAUACUCGAAAACGAAAGAAACGCCCCGACUUUACCUACCUUUUUCGCAUCAGGUACGGAUACAGCCUGGACUUUCUGCUCCGGUCGUCUCAAGCACCUUAAGGUUCGACUUCACAUAAGGCAACCCCAUCCUGUUUCUACCCGAACCACUCUACAGAUUCGCCCUAGUCGUUCUGUAGGCAAAAGAGCCGCCCAACGACACAAGCAGAAGGCCAUCGCGACACAAAACGGCACCAUCCAAGACCCCAAGGAACAUCAUCUGAUCCAGCCGUUAUCCACUGCACCGUGGACCUCUUUAUUUUCUCCCUUUCUGGCUGCCACCCAACCCCCAGGCUCAAACCAUUCACCGCUGGUGAGGCACACCCCGAAAUCAGCCAGCUUCGCAUCGGAUCUCCACGCCGAACUACCCCCCCCAACCUGCCCACCUAGGCCGGCCUCUUUACAGACGACCAGCCCAGCGCCCACGAGGCAAUCUAACCGGUGACGCUCCAACGCGCAUACUGGGGCACGGUCAGCCAGUAUAUACCCCGAUUGGACGGCCUCCUUGCACCGUGAGUAUUCGGUUGCAGAUUAUCGGUGGAUAGCCCGACGACAACGACGACAAGUACAUACAGCAAGCAAGCACGCACACCUGCCGUCAUCCCGGAGCUUUCCUGAGUGGGCAAGUCGACUUAGAACAAUUGCUCACUUGACUGAGACCGGCAGGGGACACUCGCACACACACACCAAAUCCUCACUAACUCGCUCUGUCACUCACAAUCACUCUCGCACGCUUUAUCUCUUGUCUCUCGCACACGCAUUCUCCUCAUCAUCCACGCUGGCUGCAAUCUUCGCGGGACAAAUCUAUCCGCACACCAUUGAGAGCUGUCUCAUCCCAUCUAGACACCCCUCUAUCCAUUUUACAGCUUCUGCAGCUGCCAACGUCCCAACCCUCGAGCCACUUACUCAGGAACACCCGGGGUAAAUACGAGAGAGCGUACGACAAUCCUGGAGAUAUCUUGCUCGCCUGCAGUCCUUGCCUCGCCUCGCCAAAUUUCCCUUAUCAGCAGCAUCGACAAAAAGUCUAGCACUUCCAUUUACCACACCCCUCCCCCCCCUUGUUGACGGGAUACCUUACCUCUCCCCUCGCCGCCUCCGCCGACGGACGCAGCCUAGUUUGCUAUCCGUCCAUUCCCCCAGAUCUUUUGAUCGACCUUUGGCCUGAACAGGCGUGUGUCCAUCUCUUGGAUCUUGGCUUUUUGGCUGUUUGCUGGGGUUAACCCCGCCAUCGACCAAAAUAAGGAGCUCGCUGUUUUGAUAGCGGGUUUGAUUGCUAUCUAAGGUAUCUCGCCAUUCUCCUCAACCGACCCCUCAGGGUUCUUGAAUCAUUCCGGUCCACGGCUUCAGGAACCGACCGCAUUUUGAUUCUUGUUCCUUUUUUCGACAACGCACCCCGUCACGUCACCCGUCACCCGUCCACACCUUUACUCCGAACGCCUGCCUCUCUCCGCGUUCUCUCGACGUCGCGUGCGCAGAGACCUGCACUUGGCCCGUUCAGUCCUCCCCUAUUCCGCGAUAAGGCCUCUGGCUUGCUAUAGGUUCGAGGCGGGAUUUUACGUAUCGGUUUGUCAUGGUUGAUACUCCUCUUUAAGAAAACAAAUCCCAUCCAUCCAUCGAAUCCGACUGAACGAUCGACGAAGCCGUUUUCGGGACAACCAGCCUACCACUACAUCGCCCUCUCUCUUUUUUUUUCGCCCUUCUCCACAAACCGAGGCCGCACUUACACCCUCCCUACAGCGCAUUCUCUGGGGGAAAUAGCGGGGUUGACGACAAGCCCUUGCAGCAACCCUUUCUCUCGACUCAAAAAAAUUCCUCUACUCUGUGCCGGCCGCACAGCCAAAGCCUCUGCUCUUCCCCGCAAGAGCAGUACAUGUCCGAGACUUCUCAGAUGGUGACUCUGAUGCCUUCCCAACUCAACGGGAUUGGGAUCCCUAUCCGACCCGCCAAGCAACAGCAGCAACACCAACAGCAGGAUCACUCAAAUCACCACUACCACGGCGACUCAGCUGUCUACAGCGCCGUCAGGACACACAAGCACUCGCGUUCAUCAUACUCUGACGCAUCGCCGUUGUCUUCUUCAAGAAACAACUCCCUCACCUUCCGCCCUUUUAAGCGUCCGAUGCCCACCCCGAACAAGACGAUUGCUGUCAUCAAUGCCAGCGGUCGUCAGGCUGCAUCAUUCAUCAGAGUUGCCACAGCCGUGGGCUACCACGUCCGCGCUCAGCUGCGGAAUCUCGAAGGCGUCGUAGCCACCGAAGUCAACUCAAAUCCUAAUGUCACCGUCCUUGUCGGCGAGUUGUACACUAGACACAAGCCCACUCCGGACAACAGAGACGUGACAACCAACGGCCCCAUUUCCGGUGUUGGUGUAAACCACGACCUGAUCAAUGACCUCUUCCGCGGUACUCAGCUGGCUUUCAUCAACACCACCUUCUAUGGAGAUGAGUUCCAGAUUGGAAAGGCACUCGCCGACGCCGCUAAGAGGGCUGGCGUACAACACUAUGUCUACUCCACGAUGCCCGAUCAUGCCGCAUACAGCUCGGAUUGGCCAUCACUUCCUCUCUGGGCUGCCAAGCACCAGGUCGAAGAGUACGUCCGCUCCAUUGGCAUGCCUGCCACCUUUGUGUACACUGGCAUUUACAACAACAACUUCACCUCGCUGCCCUACCCGCUCUUCUGCAUGGAACUCCAGCAGGAUGGUUCCUUCACUUGGCAAGCCCCAUUCCACGAAGAUGUGAAGCUGCCUUGGCUGGAUGCUGAGCACGACGUUGGUCCCUCCAUCCUGCAAAUAUUCAAGGAUGGUGUCGCCAAGUGGCGCACAAAGCGUGUCGCCUUGGCUUGGGAGAUGUUGACUCCACGCGAGGCCUGUGAGGCUUUUGCGAGAGGUGUUGGACGGCCAGUCAAGUACAUCCGGGGCCCGAUCGAGCUCAAGGUCAAGAUCCCCAAUGGCUACCGUCAACAACUCGAGGCGCUGGAGAAGCUCUUCUCUCUCGGCCACGAAGAUCCGAAAAAGCAACCUCCCUACUUUGGAGAUGCUGAGCUGGAAGAAAACUGCCUUACUCAGUCCAUGGCACUUUGGGAGGGCCCGAGAGGUCUGGAAGAAUACGCACAGGAAGCUUUCCCGUUGGAGGAACAAGCCAACGGCUUGACGUGGAUGUUGGAGGAAGAGGAAGAGGCGCCCGAGGAGGAAGUUGCGCCAGUAGUUCACCAGCGGGAUCAUGAAGUGCAACAACAAGAUGAGGAGGAAGAGGAGGAGUAUUCCGACGAAGAAGACGAAGGCCUGACGAUGAGAGGCCUGAAGAGAGACGAGGAGGAAUGGCUCGCAUGAACCCGGGACACGUUGAAGUUCGGGACGCGGUACCACUUGGUUUCGACGGCCUUGAGCUCGAACGACUUUACACGUGUCAUCGACACAAACACAUUCGACUUAUACAUUGCAUGCGGCGGCGUCCAGGUGCCGAGGAUUGUUGAAUAACGACGAAGAAAACGGUUCGGAAAAUAACGUGCGUUUGGGGAGUCGAUUUUCUUUGCUGCCCGGCGGUGGCGUAUCUCCCCCCAAGUCGGGGUUGAGUUGAGACCUGUCUGAGCGGAGCCAGUCGAUGUGAUGGCGAUGACGGCUCUUUUUCCUCGAUAUCAUUCAAAUGGGCUGGCAUGGCGUUGCGUGGUCGACAAAAUCAAAAGAAAAAGGGCAGCUAGUUGUGCAUCAGGUAGCUCCCGGGCGAUUAUUCUCUGGUUAUUGGGCUUUUUGGUUUACUUCAUGACGAAGCGAUGGGGGAUGAAUUCGAGAAGAGAAGAAGGGCAAUAGGCCUCAAACGGUACCUAUUCAUCACAAAAUACAUAAAGACAAUGUUCAACUUCAAACCGCAUUGCAGCCUACGAAGACGAGACGGAAGG